UUCUACUAACAUAUCUUGUUUUUGUUAAUGAAAAUGAAAUGAAACUAAUCUUCUUCAACCGAGUAAGGAUGUGAAGAAGACACGUCGAUGAAUCGCAUCUAUUUCCACUGCAUCAUCCCAAAUCCAAACCAAAUCAAAACCACAAAAACAAACCUUCUCCAUUUUGCGCAAUGCCUAUUUUGGUAGGAUUAUCAGCUUCAGGCGGCUUUGCGUUUCUCUCCAUCUCCUCCGACAACGCUUCUCAGAAACCCCUCACUCCAACCUCGAUUAAUUUCAGCAAUCUCUGGACCAAGCGACCAACUUUAUUAACCCCAGCUAGAGUUUCUCUUUCCAGCGGCAGCGCCACCAAAACCGAUGACGGCGUCGAUCAAUCUUCGCUUACCGAUGAUUUCAAACAAUCCCGGAGGUCUGCUGAUUGGAAAGCGGCAAAGGCAUACCACUCUAAAGGACUCACCUAUGAUGGUAGAGUUGAGGGAUUCAAUGGUGGUGGCUUGCUGAUCAAAUUUUAUUCUCUUCUUGGGUUUCUUCCCUAUCCACAGUUGAGCCCUUCUCAUUCAUGCAGAGAACCCAAAAAGUCUAUCCAAGAGAUUGCAAGAGCUUUGGUUGGUUCUAUAAUCUCGGUGAAGGCUAUCCAAGCUGAUGAGGAGAGCAGGAAGUUGAUCUUCUCAGAGAAGGAAGCCAACUGGUCUAAGUUCUCUCCACAGCUGAAGGUGGGGAACAUUUUUGAAGGUAAGGUGGGGUCUGUCGAGGAUUAUGGUGCCUUCAUUCAUCUGCUCUUCCCGGACGGAUUGUAUCACCUCACAGGACUUGUGCAUGUUUCAGAAGUUUCAUGGGAUUUAGUGCAAGAUGUAAGAGACGUCCUAUUCGAGGGUGAUGAAGUGAGAGUCAAAAUUAUAAACAUAGAUAGAGAGAAAUCGAGGAUCACUUUGUCAAUAAAACAAUUGGAGGAAGAUCCCCUCUUGGAAACUUUAGACAAAGUUAUUCCUCAGGACACCUCAGUUGAUCCCAAUGCCUUAAAUGGAAGUGAACAUUUUGCUAUAGAACCUCUUCCUGGGCUUGACACAAUUAUCGAUGAGCUUUUGAAGGAAGAUGGCAUUAAUGAUGUGAAAAUCAGCCGCCAAGGAUUUGAGAAGCGGGUAGUUUCACAAGAUCUGCAGCUUUGGCUAUCAAAUGCGCCCCCAAUAGGCGACCAGUACACACUUCUCGCUCGAGCUGGAAGACAGGUUCAAGAAAUACAACUGGUAACCCCACUCGAUCAAGAUGGAAUUAAAAGAGCAUUGCAGCGAGUCCUGGAACGUGUCCCAUAGUUUCUCAUCGCCCUGUGCUAAAGACCCGAAUUUUCUGAUUGUGUAGCAUUAUACACUUUACUUAGAGGCGGACGCUGCGCCAAUUAGCACAAUCCGCAUACGUUUCAAAGAAUUUCAAGGUGAUGUAUAUUUUUUGUUCCUUUUUGCUCAAGUAAUUCUUGAACCAUAUGUAUAUGCUUACUUUGCCUCAGUGAAACAAUGCUUACUUGUGAAAGUUGUACAUUUAACAGAUGUUAAUAGCCUCUUCUGCUUCUCUAUUUCAGUA